GUGGUCCCCUUCAUCCACGACGGACAGGAAGGGCGACCUCCCGAGGCCACUUUCAGGUCUUGCGACCGGAGCAGAGCUACCACGGAGACGCUCCUCCCGAGGCCUCACGCGUCGGAAGGUUCAUGUCCCCUGGAUUCCGGCUGACUGACACGUCCCCUGGGCAGGUUCUCGGUAGCGGCCGACACGCCCCACUCCGGGCACAGCGAGAUCUGAGGACCACGCUGAGGAGUCAUUUCCGCCCUGAUUCUCGGCCGCUAUAGAAGGGGCGGAGCCGCAGCGGAGGGCGCGCCGCUUGGACGUCACUUCCGGUGAGCCCGGCAGCGACAACGGCAACAUGGCCCUGAACGGAGCCGAAGUCGACGACUUCUCCUGGGAGCCCCCGACUGAGGCGGAGACGAAGGUGCUGCAGGCGCGACGGGAGCGGCAAGAUCGCAUCUCCCGGCUCAUGGGCGACUAUCUGCUGCGCGGUUACCGCAUGCUGGGCGAGACGUGCGCGGACUGCGGGACGAUUCUCCUCCAAGACAAACAGCGGAAAAUCUACUGCGUGGCUUGUCAGGAACUCGACUCAGACGUGGAUAAAGAUAAUCCCGCUCUGAAUGCCCAGGCUGCCCUCUCCCAAGCUCGGGAGCACCAGCUGGCCUCUGCCUCAGAGCUCCCCUUGGGCUCUCGACCUGUGCCGCAGCCCCCAGUACCUCGUCCGGAGCACUGUGAGGGAGCUGCAGCAGGACUCAAGGCAGCCCAAGGGCCACCCACUUCUGCUGUGCCUCCAAAUACAGAUGUCAUGGCCUGCACACAGACAGCCCUCUUGCAGAAACUGACCUGGGCCUCUGCUGAACUAGGCUCUAGCACCUCCCUGGAGACUAGCAUCCAGCUGUGUGGCCUUAUCCGCGCAUGUGCGGAGGCCCUGCGCAGCCUGCAGCAGCUGCAGCACUAAGAGAAGCCCCUGAGAAAAACCCUCUAGAAAAACA